AUGUCGGAGUUGUCACCGCUUAAUUCCAACAACCCAAUUACGUACGUUACCUCAAAUGGUAGUGUUGACGAGUCGGAGAUCGUCAACUAUAUCCAGAACCGUAGACAGUCGAUUGCUUCGUUCGGUCCAGAUGUUCCUACAGGGUUCGUACAUACCAGAAAUGCCGCUAGAAACCCAAGCGAGAGUGCUACGUCAGGUGUCGGGUUCACCAGUCUCAAAACAAUGAGAUCGCACGCUUCCAUGGCUAGACAUUCGGUUGUGGAAGUGUCAGAGGUUCUUUCACAGCACGGAGAUGUGCUCCCUGCAGAGCCAGAGACAACUUUUGGUACAGAGAUCACAUCAUUAAUUAAAUACUCGAUUCCGUUGAGUAUCACCUUUCUUUUACAGUACUCACUUACGGUUGCAUCUGUCUUCUCCGUGGGGAGAUUAGGGUCCACCGAGUUGGCAGCUGUCAGUCUUUCGUCCAUGACGGCCAACAUCUCAGGUUAUGCUAUAAUCCAAGGUGUUUCCACCUGUUUGGAUACUUUGUGUGCCCAGGCAUACGGAAGGAAGGACUACAAUACCCAUGGAUUGCAUUUUGUGAGAUGUACGUACCUCCUUUUCGUUUUAUAUGUCCCAAUGUUUAUCCUCUGGGUGUUUCUUUCCAAGCCAAUCUUGCUCGCAAUUGUGGGUGAUGAGGGGGACCAGAUUAAACUUUGCUCUUUGGCCUCAAAAUACUUACAAAUAUUGAGUUUGGGACUCCCCGGGUUCAUCCUUUUUGAAAAUGGGAAGCACUUCCUUCAAUGCCAGGGGAUCUUCCAUGCCUCCACCUAUGUGUUGUGUAUCUGUGCACCUUUGAACGCCUUUUUGAACUAUUUCCUUGUCUGGAAUCCGCACGUAGGUAUGGGCUUUAUUGGAGCUCCACUUUCGGUAGUCAUUACGAAUUGGUUGAUGUGUGCAAUGUUGUACUCUUAUAUUUUCUUUGUUAACGGGUACCAGUGCUGGCCAGAGGAGUCUAUUUUCAGUAAGAGAUGCUUCACUAACUGGCAAAAGAUCAUUGAUUUAUCUGUUCCUGGUGUUUUAAUGGUUGAAGCCGAAUGGCUAGCAUUCGAGAUUAUCACUUUUACUGCGUCAAAGUUCGGCACUGAGGUCUUAGCAGCCCAGUCGAUUAUUUCUACAACUUGUGUUUUAUGUUACCAAAUUCCCUUCGCUUUGUCUAUAGCAGCUUCUACUAGAGUUGCAUGGUACAUUGGGGCUGCAUCGAAAAAUGCUGCUAAGAUGGCUACUAACUCUGCAAUUUCACUCUCGUUGAUCGUUGGGAUAGUGAAUGGGACAUUUUUGCUUGUGUUCAGAGAAUGGCUUGCUUCCUUGUUCACCACAGACUCAAAGGUUAUUGAAUUGGCGCUGAAAGUUUUGAUAAUAGGUGCCGCUUAUCAAAUCAAUGAUUGUAUUUCAUGCUCUACUAAUGGGGUUUUACGUGGUCAAGGUAGACAAAAGAUAGGUGGCUACUUGAAUUUGUUUCUGUACUACUGCAUUGCCUUACCACUUGCCUUUGUGUUUGCAUUUUACUUUGAACUAGAACUUAUCGGUUUAUGGAUUGGGAUGAUCAUCGCCUUAUUUAUUGUAUCUUUAUUACAGUAUUACUUUGUAUUGGUGAGCGAUUGGGAUCAUAUUAUCACUGAAUGCAUCAAUGAAGGUAUAGAAGAAGGAGGAUUUACGAUUGAUGCACAUUCAUUGGUUCCCAGUAUGAGUAAUUCCCACAUUGUUUAA